AAUGUUCAAAAAGAACUAAUUCAAGUUAGUGACGCGUCGGAUACUUUGAACAAUAUGUGGGAUAUUAUCGAAGAAACAUCAAAGCAAACUAAUAAUGUGUGGGAUAUUUUAGAAGCUUCUAAAGAAAUAGUUAAACACCUGAAUCAA